AUGGAGCCCUUCACGAAGCUCAAGCGUCGCUCUACCGACCUGAUGCAGCAGGUCCAGCAGAACCUCCCCGCAAUGCCGCAGAUGCAGAUGCCCUUGCUUCGGCGCCAGUCGCAGACCGAGUCGCACCCGUCGUCACCAAAGGACAAGAACGGCCUCAAGGGCACCUGGGAACGCAUCGACAUCCCGUCCUUGCCUCGUUCCUCCCACUCUCUCAACGUCGUCUCCGGCUCGGCGUACGUCUUCGGCGGCGAGAUCAACCCCCGCGAGCCCGUCGACAACGACAUGCACGUCAUCCGCCUGCCCUUUAGCAGCGCCGGUGCCGACUACUACAAGGUCAAGGCCAAGCCAGCGGCGCCGGAGGAGCAGACGCCGAACACGGAGCGGGAACGCGAAGAAGAGACGGAGGGCUCAGUGACUCCCAAGGCCGGACUUGACGACGUGCCGCUCGAGGAGAGCCUGCUGAGCAAGGGCAAGGAGCCCGCCACGGAUGUCAGACCAGACCUCGGUGACGUCCCCGCCCCUCGAGUUGGCCAUGCCACGGCUGUCAUUGGGUCGCGCAUUUUCCUCUUUGGUGGGCGAGGCGGCCCGGACAUGAAGCCGCUCGAGGAAGCCGGCCGUGUCUGGGUUUACGACACCCGCUCUUCCACAUGGACCUUCCUCGACCCGGUCCCGGCUGUCAAGGGCGGUGCUAUAAUUCCUCACCCAGCGCCUCGCAGCUAUCACUGCGCAACCGCUACCGACCACCCGCAGGAUCCAGCCUCUUCGCCGCCGCCAAAGGCCAAGACCUGGCGGCAGUGGGUGCUGGGCGACACGACGCGUACCGGCAUUCCCCAGGAUCCCAUCGUCGGCAACGUCGCGGAAGAUGCGGUGGACCAGGAGUCUGACGGCUAUGGUACGUUCUUCGUCCAUGCUGGCUGUCUUGCCAAUGGGGAUCGCACCAGCGACCUGUGGGCUUUCGACGUUCGCGCGCGCACCUGGAUGGAGCUUCCUGCGGCGCCCGGCCCAUCCCGUGGUGGGACUUCGAUUUGCAUCAGCAAGAGCAGGCUCUUCCGCUUUGGCGGCUUCGACGGAGAAAAGGAGAUUGGCGGGCAGCUCGACUUUUUACACCUUGAGCUGGGCACGUUUAACGACCGGACGACCAAGGCCGAGAUCUCCAUCCAUGCUCGUCCUGGCGGGUGGCAGACCAUCCUGGCCAACAACAUCGACGCCUCAUCCACCGAGAUCCCGAUCCAGGCUGUCCAAUCCUGGCCCGCGCCCCGCAGUGUCGCCUCGCUGCAGGCUCUCACGAUUGGUGGCGGCCGCGAGUACCUCGUGCUGAGCAUGGGCGAGCACAGCCCCAGCUCCGAUGGCCACGCCGGCGCGGGUACGUUCUACAGCGACGUGUGGACCUUCCAGGUCCCACCGCUAGGCAUGUCUGCCGCGAGCUUGACGGAUGCCAUGCUGCAGGCCGUUGGGAGGAAGACGGGCGAGGGCAGGUGGGUCAAGGUGCCGACCGGCCCGUACGACGACGAGGCGGACGACGGUGAGCCGGCGCCCAGGGGCUGGCUGGCGAGUGCGCCGAUGACGGACGUGGAGGAGAGCGGCAUCGUCUUCUGGGGAGGUCUGGGCGAGGACAACAAGCGCAUAGGCGACGGUUGGAUCUUGAGGCUGGGCAAUUAG